UCAAACCAAAUGUUAGGGUUUAUGGUUUCCCUGUCUUAUAAAUUUCCAAUUUUUAUCUGGUGUUUUCGUACCACCACUAUCAUACCUAGGGAUUUUUCGGCGGCACCAUCUUCUUCAACAAGGAACACAAAAAGUAGAGUCUUUUUUAUUGAAAUCCACAAUCAAAUAUGUCUGGUGAAGAAGGUGUUGUUGCAGUCGAACCAGUUGUUGCUGCUGCGGCUGCUAUUCCUGGUGAGCCAAUGGAUAUCAUGACUGCUGUUCAGCUUGUGCUGAGAAAGUCCCGGGCUUAUGGUGGCCUUGCACGAGGUCUUCAUGAAAGCGCAAAGGUGAUUGAGAAGCACGCUGCUCAACUCUGUGUUCUAGCUGAAGACUGUGACCAACCUGAUUAUGUCAAGUUGGUGAAAGCCCUUUGCGCAGAGCACAAUGUUAGCUUAUUGACUGUUCCAAAUGCAAAGACCCUUGGAGAGUGGGCUGGUUUGUGUAAGAUUGAUUCAGAGGGUAAAGCUAGGAAGGUAACUGGCUGCUCCUGCGUGGUUGUCAAGGAUUUUGGUGAAGAGCACGAAGCAUACAAUGUUGUUUUGCAGCACGUGAAAUCUAACUGAGUUGCAAUAUGCAUCAGUUUGAAGUUUUUGUAAAAGUACUGUGAUUUUUUCUUUUAUGGAGUUUCACCCUAGGGAUUUUGAUGGUUUAAUACUGUACCCAUUCUCAUUCUCCUUCUCGUUGUUACUCAAAUUUGUUUAGAUUGAUAACAUGUUUGUUACCCAUUUUCUAUUUUAUACUUAUGACAUUUGAAAUUUACUAUGGCUUGAUGCCAAUUCUCUUCAUCUGGCAGAAAUAGAAAUGUGAUGCUUUUCUAGAA